AUGGAGGUUGCCAUCGCGCCACUCAGCUCCAGUCGCCCCGCGAGGUCCAGGCCGCACCAUACCCCAGUGCCCCCGCCAGCUGCCGCUCCAGCCGCUCCAGCCUCUUCAGCCGCUCUGGCGCUAGCGGGUGCCUGCGUUGCCGCGUGCGCCUCGGCGCCGCGGACGCGGCGUGGGCGACGCGCGGCAGAGGCAGAGGUCGCAGGUGAGUCAAGCCCGACGACCAAGUCCGGAUUUAAAUCCUGGUGGAAGAAGAAUGCCAAGAUGGAUAGCAAAGCUUUGCGGAAGAUGGGCCUCAUGUGCUUGCUGUCUUAUGGCUUCGUCUCCAAUGUCAACGCGCUGCUGCUCAUCCUACUGGCAACGUAUCGAUCCAUCCUGGCCACAGGGGCAAGUCCUCUGACGGACAAGGCGGCGCUGAAGCAGUUCGGCCUCACAUGGGCUGGGCUGUACGUCAUCAGCAAUCUGAUCAGACCGGUGCGCAUCAGCAUUGCUUUGGCAAUCUCCAAGCCUAUUGACAACAUUGUCAAAUGGUUUCAGGACAAGCUCUCUUGCAAGCGCUGGCUGGCAAUCGGUAUCUCGAUCUUCAUGCUGAAUAUUUGCUUGACGAUAUCCUUGCUUUGGGGCGGCAUGAUGCUCGUGUCAGCAGUGACGGGAGUCAAUGUGAGUGCUUCCCAAUUUGGAGUCCUGGUAAAAGCUGGGAAAGCGGCGACCAAGCACUAG